CUGCUCUCCGGAGCUAUCCAGUGGGUUCCUAUCCGCGAUAAAACUAGUAACGGUGUGCAUUCCGGACCCGACAUUCGCGCCGUGUGUUUGCCUCGUGCUCAAUAUUGUCGUAAACUGAAUUUUUAUUGACCAUUUUUAUUAUUAUUGCGUCGUAACAAUAACCAUUAUUUUUAAUAUUGAAUGACAAUUUCGGCACGUUAGUGACUCAUUUAAUCCGCAUUAUGAAGAUGUUAUCUCGCUUUAGUGACACCAGUGCCUGACUUGAAAAAUAAACAAACCACCGACAUUCAGUGCUUGUGAACUUAGUGAACUUGUGUUAUUUUUUUAAUCGUUAAAAGGACAUCCCUCAGUUUUUGAGGGAUCAUUACACAUCAGCCAAAAUUAACGCGACAAUAAUGAACUCCUACUUCGAACAAAGUGGUUUCUACGGAGGCCACCACCACCAGGGUUCCGGUUCCGUGACGGGAGCCCAUCACCAUGACCAUCAAAGUGCAGCUGCUGCAGCUGCCUACAGAUCCUUUCCUCUUAGUCUAGGUAUGUCUCCAUACGCCUCCAGUCAACACCAUCACGCACAUUCUCUUCACCAAGCUCGACCUCCACAAGACUCUCCAUACGACGCCUCGGUCGCAGCAGCUUGCAAAUUAUACUCAUCUUCUUCAGACGGCCAACAGAAUUCAGUAAACUACAGUUCAUCCACAACAAAAUCAGACUGUUCAAAAGGCAAUGCGGAUCAAAAUGGUUACGCUUCAGUGGUGGCAGCAGCCGCUGUAAAAGACGUUUGGCAAAGUGCUACAUCCGGUGCUGGUGCAAAUCUUUCAAAUAGUCUCACAGGCCCAGUUCGCCCGGCGGCUUGUACUCCAGACUCUAGAGUCGGUUACGGUUCUUCAGUUGGACUCGUUGGAGGAGAUCCGUCUUCUAGUCCCGGAGCAGCGACAGGAGGAAGGACGUCGAACUCCUUAUCCUCAUGGAACAACCCUUGUUCUUUAAACUCAUCAUCAUCUCAGCCCGUUGGUACGCAGAUCCAUCAACAGACGAAUCACACAUUCUACCCUUGGAUGGCAAUAGCAGAUGAAUUUUCAAAUAAAUUCUAG